GCGGGUAUGCCAAACGUUAUGGGUGCUAUUGAUGGAACUUUUAUUCCAAUAAAAGCUCCAUCUGAAAACCCUGAAGUAUAUGUCACAAGAAAAUGUAAUACCGCUUUGACAAUGCAAGCUAUUUGUAAUAGUAACUUGAGAUUCACUGAUAUUUUUAUUGGAUACCCUGGAUCGGUACACGAUGCAAGAAUUUUUAAUAAUUCUGACAUUUUUAUAAAUGUCAGCGCCAAUAAAAACCAGUUCUUUCCACCAAACCAUUAUAUUAUUGAAGAUAAAGCAUAUCCACCGCUUGAUUGGUGUGUUGCACCCUUCAUCAAUCGAGGAGGUCUGACCGCAGCUCAAAAACGUUUCAAUUAUAUUCAUGCACAAACUCGACAACCUAUUGAGCGAAGUUUUGCUCUACUUUUCAAUCAUUUCAGACGCUUAAACUAUUUAGAUAUGUCACGUCUAGAUUUAAUUCCGAAGACGGUUUUAGCGGCUUGUGUAUUACAUAAUAUUUGUCUCGAUGAUGAUAACAAUUUUGACGAAUGCGAUGAAAUGGUUAAUAAUAUGAACUUGAUUGAUGACAAUCAAGCAAUGAAUAUGAUUAACGAUGAAAUUGAUAUGAACAUAGCAGAUGAAGAGAUGGUUAUAGAAGGUGAAGAAGACAACUUUGUUGGAUUUGAUCUGAAUGGUUUACAAUUUCGUGAUCAGUUAUGUAAUAUGAUGAACAAUCAAUAAUUGGAAUUCUAGUAUUAUUUAUAAGCAUAACAUUAGAAGAUCAGCUGACUUCAAAACCGCGAGGGUUUAUCAAGAAACCACGAAUUGAUCACGAAUCCAAGGCAAAUAGUCUGAUUGUUGUUAUAUAAUUAAAAACAAAAUGUAAUUACUAAUUUAAAUUGAACGCAAAUUCUUUUGUCAUUAUCAGCUCCUGAGAGACGUAAUACUGAUAAUGUUGUUGAUGAUAUUCUUAAUUCUGAGACUGAGGAAACUAAAGUUACCAUAAAACCUGCGAAAAAAGAAAAUAAUGUAUCUCUUGCUGAAAGAAUGAGACUAACAUCUCUGACAAAUUGUGUUGAACAAUCUCACAUACUUGGAGAGUAAAGUAUGUUAUUACAACUACUAAAUAAAGGAAAAAUUCGCAAACUAUUUUGUGGGGACUACCAGGACGUGGCAAAGUAUAUCGAUUUUAUUGACCUGAAAUCUCUUUUUGCGAGGAUUAAUUUAAUGUGUGAAGUAGCUGAAAUUAAAGAAGCAACAGCUAUUGUUGGUAAUGAUUUAAAAUGUGGCCACUGAUCGGUAAUAUUUAUGGACAAAACGUAUAUAUUCACUAAAUUAAUAAGGGAAAAAAUUGAUGUCAUUUAAGUUUUUACGAGUUACAACGAUUAAAUACUGGAAGAGAAAGUAGAUUAAUUUAUUUAUGAAUUCAUAACUUAGUUAUUAAAUAAUUUAAGAACAAGUGAUAAUUGAUGCUGACGUACUAGCCGUAUUUGUAUAGAUAA